CAUCAAAAAGAAAUAACAUGUGACAAGCUAAAACAUCGGUGAAUCCGAUAAAUCGCCGAGAAAUAUAUCAAGACAUAUUGCUGUUGACUGUGUUUAAAAAUAACUUUUUUAUAUUAAUAGUUUUAAAAACAUUUUUGUAUUUUGAAAUUCUGUUAAUUUAAGGAUUUAAAUAGAACAAAAACCCGAAAUUACAUUCAAAAUCACAACCAAAAACAAAACAAAUCGAAAAUCGCCGCUUCCACGUAUUCUCAGCUGUCUUUGUCUUUAGCUCUGCCGUCUCUUUCCCACUCGUCGCGGCGCCCUCAAGUGUUUGGUCUUGUAAUUGCCUUUGCUAAGCGAAACUGUGCUGAUUUAAAUGUUUUUAGUGAUUUUAAAGCUACAAAACAAACUCAACAAACAAGUGAAAACAAACCAAUGAUCAGUGCUUGCUAUUUUAAAAAACCCUGUUAAUCUAUUGCUCUUUUAACUAAAAAUCUUAAAAAAAAUAUAACUUUAGUUUCCGUGAAAUUAACGCGUGUAAUCGAAAAGUAUUUAAUCAUCAUCGAAGGCGAGUGUCGAAAAGUGUUCCGAGGUCAAUGUUUCUGUUUCUGCUGCUGGCAACUCAUCGUUUAAAUUAAACACACAAUCUGCAGCGAGUUCAGCGAGCCGGCGGAUGGAUAAAGAAGAACGAAUGGGUCUCCACUUCAACUGAACUCGACUGGACUAAAACCCCCAAAAACCCGAACCCCCCGAACCCAUACCCAAACUCAAACUCAGCCAAACCAAACCGAAUCGACGCCAACGCCAAUUUUAACUACUGUUGGUGGCGCCAGCAGCGAAUAGCGAAUAAUUGAAUCAUAAAGGACACGGACGGGCCAACGAAAGGAUCCCAGGAUUCAGGAUCAACAAAGCCGAGCAAAUAAUUGCUGUAUAGUGUGCACGGAACGUGGUCUAAAGUCCUCUUGCUUCUCUUGCUACUCCCGCUCCCAGUCCCGCCUCACUCAUUCAGUCGACCUCCCUCCACACCAUUUCCGGCGGAGAGUAACAAGGGGGAGUGGCACAUUGCAAAGAAGGCGGCGGCAACGGCGGCUGCAGGGAAAUGACAGCCGUCCUGCUUUAAUUAAAGCCGGGACGUGGGGCGGUGUGUGGGCGUGAGGCCCGAAAGUGUGCGCUGCAAUAAAAGGAGGAAAUUGAAACGCAAUGUGGCUGAUGCCGCGGACCGUGGACAACGCAACAAAGUGGACGAAAUUGCUUUUGGAACAGGCGAGGAUAGCACUGGAUAGUAACAGUAGCUGUAACUGUAGUAGCAGCAGCAGCAGGGGAGGACAUUAAUUUUGAUUAAAUUCACCUGAACAUUCGCAAUCAAACAACAGGCAACAAACGACUGAGUGAAAUAUUAGCCAAAAAACGCAAAGCAGCACAUUUUAAGCGAAUAUUUGAAGCAGCCAACCGGGGUUUGUGGGUGUGCAUGAAAUUCCUUGGAGCUAGCAAACAGGAGAAGAAGCAGCAGCAGCAGCAACAGCACCCACAUCACCAUCAGCAGGAGGCAUCUUGUGGAUGUCGGUUUUGCGUGCCGCAGGCAUUGCAACAGCCACACAUGAACACGUCCCUGUGACAGGAGGUGUGGCGGAGACGGGCGGCGAAGUCGGGACCCCAGCAAAACGGCAUAAUUUCGUCAACGGCAGCCGGGUGAACUGUCGUCGGCAGAGAGCAUAACCCACCAUUUUUCCCCCCCUUAGAACCCAAAAUCCAACCCACAUCAUCAUCAUCAUCAGCAGCAGCAGCAGAAGCAGGAGCAGGAAAGGCGUCGCUGUCACAGUCAGCAACUGUUGUCAGCAAAAGGAAAAGUAUCAGAUCCAGGAAUCAAGGAACAGGAACAGUAACAGGAACAGGAGUAGAGGCAGGAGUCAGGAAUAGCAACGCAACCCAUAUCCUUCGCCCAGGACCGCCCCGAUGAAUCUGCUGUGCUGCUGUUGUUGCAGUAACAUGGCACCAAACCAGCGCGUCACACGCAAAUGGGAACUGUUUGCCGGACGCAAUAAAUUCUACUGCGAUGGAUUGCUAAUGUCCGCACCGCACACAGGCGUCUUCUACUUGACGUGCAUCCUGAUUACCGGCACCAGUGCGCUCUUCUUUGCCUUCGACUGUCCCUUUCUGGCGGACAGCAUAAAUCCGGCCAUACCCAUUGUGGGAGCGGUUCUGUACUUCUUCACGAUGAGCUCCUUGCUGCGCACAACCUUCACGGAUCCGGGCGUCAUACCGCGUGCCUCCAAUGAUGAGGCCGCCUAUAUCGAAAAGCAAAUUGAGGUGCCAAACUCGCUGAAUAGCCCCACAUAUCGACCGCCACCGAGGACCAAGGAGGUCCUGGUCAAGGGCCAAACGGUCAAGCUGAAAUACUGCUUUACCUGCAAGAUCUUCCGGCCGCCGAGGGCUUCGCACUGCAGCCUAUGCGACAACUGUGUGGACCGCUUCGAUCAUCACUGUCCCUGGGUGGGAAACUGCGUGGGCAAGCGGAAUUAUCGGUUCUUUUAUUUGUUUCUAGUCUCAUUGGCAUUUUUAGCUGUAUUUAUAUUCUCGUGCUCUGUGACGCAUUUAGUUUUAUUGAUGAAAAAGGAGCAUGAGGUCUUUAAUGUAAUCAAGACGGCGCCCUUCACUGUGAUUGUUGUGUUCAUUUGCUUCUUCUCGAUAUGGUCCGUGAUCGGCCUGGCCGGCUUCCAUACCUAUCUGACGACUAGCGAUCAGACAACGAACGAGGAUCUCAAGGGAUCCUUCUCCUCCAAAGGCGGACCACGCAAUCAAAAUCCCUAUUCGCGGGGGAACAUCUGCCUGAACUGCUGCCACAUCCUAUGUGGACCCAUGACGCCCUCGCUGAUCGAUAGGCGCGGCAUUGCCACCGAUGAGUUCAUCCAGCAGAUGCAACACCAAUCGAGUCCGCGGCACGCCCUAAGCGAUGUGCUGAGUGCCUCGCAUAUGGUCACCACCUCGCAGCCUAUGAUGGGCGGUGGAAUAGGUGGUGCCGGCGGCGGGAUCAGCAUUGGUGGGGCGGAGCUAAAGCCCCGAUUCUAUGACGAGUCCAAUCCCUCCUCCUCGACAAUGGAGGGCAACGGAGGUGCCAUCAAUGGCCAUGGGAAUGGCCAUGGCAACGGCUUCGACCAUCCGCCGCCCAGUUACGACCUGGUCCAAAACGGUAAGUCCCGCAAGCAGCAUCAGCAGCGCUGCUCCCUGCAAACCCUGCUGCCAGCCAGCGCUCAGCAGCAAUUUAAGGCCAGCAAACAUAAACACAAGCAACUGAAGCAGCAUCUGGUGGCCGCCGAGUUGCAGCAACACGAGGGUCCAGGACCUGGUCCCAAUUCCCCAUCCCUUCUGCGCUCGCCGGCCACGUCCUCCUCGUAUCGGUUGAACCUUAAGCGAUCGCUGCACCUGCCGCUGACACCGUCGUACGACGAUGUCCGUCACUCGCCGCUCCCGCUGUUGCAUCAUCACGUCCAUGCCCAGCAGACCACCGCCAUUGGCAGCGUGGCAGCAGCAGCAGCGGCGGUGGCAUCAGGCGCCAGCGGUACCGGUACCGGUACGGGUGGUUCCUCAUCCUCUACCACCGCACCCACUUCGGUGUCCGUGUCAUUGGCCACGGCACCACCGCCGCUGGCGCCACGACGCCCGUCGACGUUGCAGCUGCAGGCCAGCGGAGCGAUCUCCGCCAGCAACAGCACCCUGACCACCAUACACACCACGGCGCCACAACCGCCGGCGCCAACGGAUUUCAAAUACUACUCGCCGCAACGUAGCACCGAUUCGAAUCUGAUGAGGAACUAUCCAUUCCCGAAGGCGGCACGUGGAAUGCGUCGACAGUCGACGAUGUCGGUGGAUUCGCAGAAGGUUAAUAUUGCCGGAUAUCAACCGCUGCCAAUGAGGAAACCCUACAAGCACCAGGAGGUGAUGUUUGAACUGAAGUCGCCGACCAAUCGGCUGACCAUUCGCGAGUGCGACUUUGGGGGUGGCGGUGAACCCUGCGAUGACGAUCAGUCGAUCAAGGACAGCCAGAUCUUUCGUGUUAGUAAACGAAAUCUUUAUAUGAAUCACCGGUCGCCAUGGAAGGAGCGCGAUCGUUACUCCAAUCUCUACGAGUAUUCAUUCAACAUCGAUCUCAACUCGAUCAUCGAGGAUGCGGCGGGCAGUGACUCGUCAUAGUACGCAGCAGCAGUCCGCUGCUCCGCCGCCCUAGGCCACGGCCAUGCCCACUUGGUCCGUUCUAUUGUCGUCCGGUUCGGUGGGAUGAUCCGUCUCCUAGUCAUCCUCCUCGAUCGGUUGUUGGGCGCUGUACAUAAGGCCGGGCCCUGGCCAGCCCGCAUCCUAAUGCUUCCACGCUUUUGCUAAGGUUAUCCUAUUACCCCCUGCUAUGUGUCCAGUUUCCGGAAUUUGUCCCACUUCUUUUGGGGCUUCUCUCUCUGUAAUUUUGGACUCGUGGGAAGCCAUUUGAUUAUUGUUAGUUAACUUAGGAUUUUGUUUAGGUUUUAACUUAAGAACUUGUCUAGGCUUUGAUUGGGUUUUUGAAUAGCUGGCAAUGUAAAUAUUUUAAUCAAGGCUGCAAACUACUUCUUAGCCGAACUCUUUUGAAGAAAGUUCGGGUUUUUCGAAAUUUUAAGAUGCACGAAAUGCUAUAAGCUAAAGGUAUUAUUUUGGAAGCUUAAGCUUUAUGUUGCUGUAUGCCUUGCCGUAAGAAACUAGAAAUUGAAAUCGCUUUCUCUGUAAUAUUGCACAGCAAUAAUCUAAUAAUUUUGUUAUCAAUUCCCUUUUUGUUUUUGAUAUUGAGCCUUUAUCAAAGGAAAUGUACUUUGGUUUCGAUUUGCAAAGUAAAUAUUUUGCUCAGCUGAAUGCUCGAACUGUGAGCCAACGGAGCGAAUAAAUUUCAAAGUUUGCAGCCUUGAUUUGAACUUUGAGGAAAUCUAUCACUGAGUCUGAUUGUGGCACAUUUUGUGAGACUCACUUGGCUUCCAUGUGAUGCGCUUAGAUGUGUUAGUGCAACGUAACUGCUACUACCCCUUGCGGCCGCCUGAAAUCCGAAUCCGAAUCCGAAAAUUUGUGUUUGUGUGCACCCCCCUCCUUUUGUAGAAGUCGAACUUGUAUGAUUUUUGUUUAAUGUUUGAAAACCACCCCCCCACCACCCCGCUGUAGACUCUCCCAGUUCCCACUCCCAACAAAAAAAAAAAGUAAACUUGGUUCAUAGAAACUUUUGCGUUUAUAUAGCACCUGCUUCCCAGGCUAGGUGCGUCGGAUCUCUUCUGAUGCAAAAUGCGUUUGCAAUAGAGGAGCUUCGGCGCCAGGGGCCGAAAAAUGCCACCCAUGUAUAUGUAACCACCUUGGUCUACGUCCCAGCGCCGCCACCUCCAAUAGUGAAGACAUCAACCAAAGCAACCAACCAACCAACCAACUAACCAACCAACCAACCAACUAACCAACCAAAGAUACCUACUAACCAAAUAACCAUUAAACCAGUAAACCAACAUCCCAAUAAGAAUAUAGAACAACCAAGCAUGUUUGACUUUGUUCGCCUAGUAAAAUGCUUAAGUUUUUGAUUUUUGUUAGUUAGGGAACCUUGUGAGA